UAUGACAUUAUUAAAGCAUAAUGGAAUGCUUUAAUUUGGAUUGUUUCUUCAGUACAAUGGCUCUAUAUAGCAUAAUGUGAAGAUAAAUCUGAGAUAGCUGGUGGUUCUUCCAGGCAAUAGAUUGAAUAUGUUGAAUAAUUUGAAAAAAAUGUACCAUUAUAAAUAAAAUAGAAACCAGCACUCAGUCUCCUUCACUCUCACAGUGUUUGUAGUUCCUUUAGCAUAUUUGUGUUUUAGGGACUCAAAACAAGAGAGCUCAUAAUUAUCUAAAUUACUCUGUAAUUACAGUAAAGAGUGUUUUGCUUUGAAAUAUUACAUGAUGUUUCAGAAUGAUUGACCCAUUGGUCAGUUUUAGACACCAAAAUCAUCACUUUAUCCCCAGGAGAUCAUUGACAGUAGGGCUCCCUGCAAUUAAAUUUGCACCAUGUUGAGUGAGUACUGGAGCAUCAGGGAUUAUUCAAAGUAAGAAGAUCGACAUUUAUGUAAUAGAAAUUUGAAAAUUAGGCUUUUACUAUGUAGUGUGGCCAUUUAUACAUUUUGAAAAUACAAUACUAACUCAGUACAGUCACUGUAGCAAGGUUGGUUUUUGGAACACUAUAGGUACACAAUUUUAGCUGUACAAAGUUACCCAUCAUUUACCUCCUUCACUUCCCAAAGUAGGUAAAGUAAAUGCACAAUGUACUACCUUGUAAUUCAAUGUUUAAACUGGGUUAAUUUUAUAUUAGGCCUAUAUUUAAACUUGCAUUAAGUGAUACAUUUGAUAUUAACAUUGAAUUAAAUGAAAUGUAAUGUGAAAGGUUUGCUUUUAGUGUCAAACCCGCAAAGCACACCCAACUCUGCACAACUGUGCAGCUCCAUGCAGCUUUUAGCUGCUUUUUCAUUCAAUUCAAUUCAAUUCAAUUUAAUUCAAUUCAAAAUACUUUAUUUGUAUCUCAAGGGGUAGGUCAAGGCUCAUUAACUAAUUGGUAUAGUUCUUCUGGCCACACAUAGACCAUAGGGGGAUUUUAUUUGCCCAGGAGCCUUUUGCUGCUAGCACUUCAAAAUGGAGGUAAAUAGAAAUUAAUUUGUGGUCCUCAAAGCAUUGAAAUUUUAAUGUUUGAAAAAUGCUACAGCAAUGUACCCUGCCAGAGAUUAUGCCCUGGUAAAUGAGGAUAAUCCACAGACCUUGCUGUCAACAGUUUUUUUUUGUCUGGAAAUAUUUUCUGCCAAACAGUACGACCUGCGGUUUGUGGUAGUGGCAGAGGGCUCGCCAGUGUGGCUAAUAGCUGUGGCUAAUAAGUGGGAAAGAGAGAGGGGUGGGUGUCACUCAGUCAUACGGGCAUGUCAGUCUGGUCUCUGUGAUCCAGACCAAGACACCCUGCAGCUGCCCCUCAGCUUCCUCUGCCUCCUCUUUCUCAGUUCACACCUUGUAAAAGGUGGACGGCCAACGCUCUACUUACACGAGCGCCGUCCGAUAGGUGAGGGCGGCGAGGGCGGCGAGGGCUGCGCUGUCAUUGGCUGACUGCUGGUGAGAGUGCGAUGCGGAUUGGAGGAUGUCGGGGGACUGGGAUGAAGACCUGUGUAAGAAGGCGCUGGUGUUGGUGGAGGAGCUGUGCUUCAACUCCCCAAGAGGUUACAGCCAGAGUGAACGCUGCCAGGAGUUCAGCUACCUGCUGAGAGGUCGCAACAGACAGCUGGACACAGAGAUCUCUGUCAGUCUACUGUCGGUCAUCGUGACAUUCUGUGGCAUCGUCCUCCUCUCCGUCUCCCUCUUUGUCUCCUGGAAGCUCUGCUGGCUGCCAUGGCGGGACAAGGAGGGUGGAGGCCUGAGCCUGACAUCGGGGUUGCUGCCCGGAAGCGCCGGUGUCGGAAGCCUUGGAGGCACAGGCGGGUCAUCGCUCUUACCCCCGCUGCUGCAGAGGAAAGAGGGCCACUCCUCGUCCUCACUCUACCCCUCCCUGGGCCAGCAGGGCCAACACCACCCCCAUUUCUCUGACCUGGUGGGGCUGGAGAGGGGGGAGGUUGGAGGUGUGGUUGGUGGGCCACAUGAGACCCAGGAGCACUCCUACUUGGACAUGGACUCCUACCCCAACAAUGCUGGAACUCUGAAGCUGAGUCAGACAUCUCCAGAUGUCCCCAACUCCGAGGUGGGAGCCCACCCCCCUAAAGAACUGCCCAACGCUCAUUCCCAGCAACAGGUCACCUCACGGCCCAAGCCCAUGACUCACCAGCUCUCCAGUCCUGAUUUCCACGCUGAGGAGAAGGAGCAGGUAACCAGCAUUGGGCAGAUCAAACCGGAGCUCUACAGACCCAAGGGCGACCAAGGCGAAGGCAAACAGGGUGACAACUGCGGCAAGAUCAGCUUCCUCCUGCGCUACGCCUUCAAUACGGAGCAGUUGGUGGUGAAGAUCCUGAAAGCUCUGGAUCUGCCGGCGAAAGAUGCCAACGGCUUCUCUGACCCAUACGUGAAGAUCUACCUACUGCCAGACAGGAAGAAGAAAUUCCAGACAAAGGUCCACAGAAAGACCUUAAACCCAGUGUUCAAUGAGACGUUUCAGUUCGGCGUGCCGCUGAAUGAGCUACAUUCCAGGAAGCUGCAUUUCUCUGUGUACGACUUCGACCGCUUCUCCAGACACGACCUGAUCGGCCAGGUAGUGGUGGACAACCUGCUAGACUUCAGCGAGGGCAGCGGGGACAAACCCGUCUGGAGGGACAUCGUGGAGGGCACCGCGGAGAAGGCUGAUCUCGGAGAGCUUAAUUUCUCGCUGUGUUACCUGCCCACUGCAGGCAGGCUCACUGCUACAGUCAUCAAGGCCACCAACCUCAAAGCUAUGGACCUGACUGGCUUUUCAGACCCGUAUGUGAAGGCCUCUCUGAUCUGUGACGGGCGAAGGCUAAAAAAGAGGAAGACCUCUAUUAAGAAGAACACACUGAACCCCACAUACAACGAGGCGCUGGUGUUUGACAUUCCCAAUGAAAAUAUAGAAAGUGUAUCCAUCAUCAUUGCAGUGAUGGACUAUGACUGUAUUGGUCAUAACGAGGUUAUAGGGAUGUGUCGUGUGGGCAGUGAUGCUGAGGGUCCAGGGAGGGAGCACUGGGCAGCCAUGCUGGCCAAUCCACGCAAACCAAUAGAGCACUGGCAUCAACUUGUGGAGGAAAAAGCAAUUGCUACAUUUGUGUCGAAGAGUGCUACAGCAUCCUCCCCUAAGCCGCACAUCGUGGUGGACAGUCCUCACUCCGAUUAAAACUGUCAUUAUCAUCUCUCCAGUUCCAGACUUUCCUUUCUUUCCUCUCAUCUGUGAAUAAUUCUCUCCAUCGAAGAAAGAGAGACACGGAGACACUGCUAGUGUCCAACUGCUAGUGCUGUUUUGCUCCUGCUAAUGAAUCCUCCAAGUCCUGUGCUGUCUUUACCAAGCCGGGAGGAAAAAACAACAACAACAUCCAUCACAAGCUACACUUUGAGCAUCAGACUAACCAUUUACAAACACUUGCAGACACUAAAUGGUACAGUAGGACUGAUAUCGGGUGUAAAUUUGGGAUCUAGCAAGGGAACCCACACACAUAACUCACACAGACACACACAUAUACACACAAAUACACACAGAGUUUGUAGUAUGUGCGUAGUUCAUGUGUGCUUCAGAUUAGUGUAGUAUUUCAUCUAGGAGGAGUGUGAUGUGACAAACUUUUCUCUCUUGAAAAGAAAAAAAGAAAAAAAAGAAAGCCAUCCUAGAAUGGUCAUUUCAACCAGGACCAAAGGUUCAUGCCCUUGUACAGACUAUAAAAGAAGAAAAUCACUAUGUCGAUAUUUUUCUUUGCAACAUUGGUGUGCAGUAUAUGCCAUACUGUAUGGGAAAACAUCUCUCGUAGUACUUAGCAGGACAAAACAUGUGAGGUGGAUUCUCCUGGCCAUUUUGGACGCCUCCAGACUCUGUACCCUUGUUUCAGACUUAACUUGCUUAUUUUCCCCAGAGGAAAGACAACAAAACGUCCAGUGGUCUUUAUUGAUGUCAGAGGAGUGAAAAAUGAGGACAGACUCAUUGGUUUAAGCAUGUUACGCAACCUUGAAAUGUGUCCCUCUUCCUAAUGCUUUUUGUCACGGCCCUCAUGAUGCUCAUCAGUAUCAAAUUUUUUUUUGAUUUAUUUAUUAUUUUACUUUGUUGUUUGUGUGAUACAGUAUACAUAUAACCAUCAGGAAAGGAGUUUAUUCAUGCCAUUUUUUACAGUCCACUGAGGAUGCAAUGGUCUGAGCUUCCGAGAAACAUGGACUAUUUGAUCGUCCUCUACUUUCUGGCCAAACCGGCAGACUUUUCCUAAUGUAGGACAACACAGGUUGAAUGAAACCUGCAUUUAUGAUCGGCCCAGCAUCUGUUUGGAGUGCACUUGCUGGAGGAUGUAUUCCACAGGGAAGGAUAUCACCACUCUAUUUUAUUUUUCUAUCAUUCAGAACUCUUGUUUUCUUUUCUCAAGAAGUCACCGUCCAGCUUCAACUGAGAAAAUUGUUAUCUUCAAGUCCACAUCAUGUCCCUGACAAGAAGGACCCACAAAUCCGUGUUGCUUUUAUUAGUGUGGGUUUCCGUGUUUGUGGGCGUGUUUGUUUUGUAUUUGUGCGCGUCUGUGUGUGUGUAUGCCUGUGUGUCACUGUGACCUUGUGUGUGACACGUUUCUGUGCUCACCGCCUCCCUCGUCCUUUUUCUGUCUUCACCCCCCUCACUCCCCAAUUCCCAGCAUCCACAGACUGAAACGCUCGUCUCAGAGCCAAAUUGUGUCUUCUGUCCUGUGUCUUUACAAGGAGCCAUUUUGUGUGCGUGUGCGUGUGUGUGUGUGUGUGUGUGUGUAUAUGUGUGUGUGUACUAUACGUGCCUCAUUGCACUAGGUGGGGAAACACUGUCUUUCAUAGACAUUAGUUUGUAUUGUCUAUGUUGUCUCUGAAAUCAGCUGCCAAUCAUUUAACCCUCCUCUCCUCUCUAACCCUUUGCCUGAUGUAAGUAACUGUGUUGAUUGUGUACUUUCAGUAAUUUGUGUACUGUAUGUCCAAGGGAAAAACCAGAUGGCACAGUGAUUGAAAAUUAAAUUGUUGGGUGUGUUUUAAUUACAUUUACGAGAAGCAACACAAAAAAUGAAGGAAAAAAACAAACAUCCGAGGCUCAUUUGUUACGGCCUACAGAUCAUGACAAAUUUAGAUCCCCUUAAAGCAAGACAACAGGGUGGAGGUGUUGUGAAAAAACAAGCGGCUGGAAUUUCUGCACUUUCUGUGUAAACCGAUACAGACUUAUAAAGCCAUGUCUGUCACCGCUACUACAACUACUACUGUAACCUCAGCAAAACAACAGUACAACACCUCACUACAGCUACUUGUAUUGCUAUUGUUGCCAUUUCUCUCUCAUCCUCUCAGACACACACUUUUAUGAAGGGGUGUGUGUCUGAGUUUCAGGUGAGGGAUCUAGUUUCUUUCUCUUUACCUUUGGACUGUGGAAGUGUAGUGAGACUUACCGGUGCGCUUGAUCGGGUAUACCAGAGGGUGACACAUCCCUGCAUUAUACCCUCAAGUAUUCUGUGUGGUUUCAGCUGGGGGAUUAUUGACCAGCUUAUAUAAGUAGAUAUGGUAUUGAUCCAUUGGUCUUGAGGCCCCAUAACUCUCUCUUUUCCAGCCUCUCUCUCUCUCUCUGCUUGUGUCUACCCUAUUUAUCCCUUGUGUUACUGCCUGGUGAUAGAUUACAAAACUCAUAGUGGAACCAGCACAUUCCCUUAUUCUCUUUCUCCCUCUGUCUGCCCCCCACCCCCCUCUCUUUAUGUUUCUGUCUGUCUGAUUACUGUCUGAUUACUCAUUCUCUCGUUCUCUCCUCCAGCAAUCCUUACCCCCCCUUCCUGCUCCCGCUGCUAUCUCACAUCCCUCCAUCUCACCCUCCUUCCUCUCUAUUCUCUCUCUCUCGCUGUCCUCUCAUGAUGUUAGUGCAGUUCUGAAUGGUCAUGGGGAAACAUGUUUGCAUGCUUAUAUUAACAUGAAUGAUGUCAACUUGAUGCAAUGAAAAAUUAUAUAAGUGAUGCUUUAAGCAAAAUCUGACAAUGAACUUGAUACUAAUACUACUAAUGACGACUAAAUGGAGACCUAGCAAUUGUUUAUCUCUGUGGUCAAAAACAACGAUGAUGAAAUAACAUUGUUAAUGCUGUAUUUAUCUUUCUCGAAUUGGUAUUCUUUUUGAUUUUCAAUUGUUUUUUUAUAUAUAAUUUAUUCAAGAUGUUUACUUUUUUAUUGGUUAAAGCUGAGAAUUUGAGUGAGGGGUUCAGUCGGGGCGAUUGUUUCAGACAGCUGUAUCAGGUCGCAGGAUUCGGUGAAUGUCUAAGUAAGCGUGGCUGAAGCAAUGAUAAUGGAAAUAAAGGAUAUGUAUCAUCCA